AUGCCAAAAGAAAUCAAGGAUAUUAAAGAUUUUUUGAUAUUUGCUCGGCGAAAAGAUGCUAAAUCUGUUACAAUAAAACGUAAUCCUGAGCAUGGCACACGUAGUGGAAAUACAAAAUUUAAAAUACGUUGUAGUCGAUAUCUUUAUACAUUGAUUGUUAGUGAUAAAGAAAAAGCUGAAAAAGUCAAACAGUCAUUACCACCGGGACUUAAUAUGAAUUUGUUAAUUGUAUCAUGUCCUAUGAUGAAAUUAUCAAAUGUAUGUGGCUUGUUUGAAGAUCAAAUUGGAAAAUUUGAUGGAUAUCUAUCACUUCGUACUCAGUUUGAGUUUUUUAAGGUCGACAGAUUUACAAGAAGUCUGAAGAAUGAAAAUAUUGUUAAUAUUCAUACACGUUUAAGUACAGUUAUAUCUGUUGGUGUCUUUUUAGUGCCAUUUGUGAAUUUAUAUUUGCUCGAUACCGUCACGGGAUCAGUAAAGUUAGAUCAUACGCAUAAAAGAAUUAAAACACCUGUAUAUGUGAUAUUAGCAGAAAAUUGGAUUCUAGUAUUACACGUAUUGAAUGAAACUGUGAAUGUAGCAUUAUUUGAAGGUUUAACCCAAUAUAAUUUUUCAUCAUUUUUAUCCUUUGAUCCAAUAUUACCAAUAGCAGAAGCGAACGCUUAUAUUUUAUCAUAUGAUCUAUUUUAUACUCAUGUAUUUCUCUCCCAUUUAUUCGAUCAACUUAAAGAUGGUUUUGGUUUUAUGUUUAUUGGACGGGGCAAACAAUAG